AUGGAGCAGAUGGAGAAAUCUGGGUGUAGAGUUGGUGAUAAUUUCGUAAAGGCAGUUGUUUGUACUGGACCUAUGGCUGGAUGCUUCACUAAAGGAACAGGGAUCUCUGUCUGCAGUAACUAUCUGACCAUUCAAGAUGAAGUGAAUCAAGUAGUUAUACAUCAUUUAAUCCACGCUUAUGACGAGUGCCGAGCCAAGAAUUUGGAUUGGACUAAUUGUGCUCAUCAUGCUUGUACCGAGAUACGUGCAAAUCAUCUAAGCGGCGAUUGCCAUUUCAAGAGAGAACUCUUGAGGGGUUUCAUCAAAGUAAGAGGGCACGAACAAGAAUGUAUAAAAAGAAGAGUGUUGAAAUCGCUUCGUGGUAACCCGCAUUGCUCCGACAUAGCAGCGAAAGACGCGAUGGAAGCAGUGUGGGAUACUUGUUACAAUGACACCAAGCCUUUUGACAGAGCUCCUUAA